GGGAAGGCGAGGCUGAUCCCCGCGUGGGGGCUGGUCUGCGACGUGGCGGAGGCCGGGAGCCCGAGACCGGGUCAGAGCUGACCAAAAAGCAUUCAGAAGCCAAGCCAUGGAUCCACCUGCCCGGAAAGAAAAAUCCAAAGUUAAAGAACCUGCCUUCAGAGUGGAGAAGGCUAAGCAGAAAUCUGCCCAGAAGGAGCUGAAGCAAAGACAAAGAGCAGAGAUCUACGCUCUCAACAGAGUCAUGACAGAGCUGGAGCAGCAGCAGUUUGAAGAGUUCUGUAAGCAAAUGCAGCCCCCUGGGGAGUGAGCCCACCAGCUUCCUAGUCUGAGGAACUGGAGCCUCUGGGAACUAAACAAG